CGGCGGGCUUCGGGAGCGCCGGAGCUGAUCCGAGCCGAGGCGGCCGUAUCUCCUUGUCGGUACCGCCGCUUCCCGGCUCUGGGGAGGCCUCUAGGCUGCCGCGCAGCUUCCGUGUUUGCUGCGCCCGCACUGCGGUGAGUGCUGCUUCUUCCGGACUCGGGCGGCGCGGGGAGGGUGGGGACGCGCGGGCCCGCGGGGGCCCACUUCCCUGAUGUGGCGGCCGGGCAAGGAAGGAAGGGGCCUGAGGCCGUUCGGCCAAGGGUGGAGGGUCGCCGGCGGCUCUCUGCUUUCUACUCUCGCCAAGGUUUUAUUGGAUUCGGAAGCCGAAACUUCAAGACUUGCAGUCAAAGCCGUUUUUAAAAUAUGACUUGUUUUCAAACCUCCUCUGGCCGCCGCCCACUCUUCUGGCCCUUGGACUUUGACCAAGAUGUUUUCUCGCAGUUUUUGCAAGGUUUUAAACAGCCCUCGGCGUUCUUUUAAUGUAAUACAUUGAAACGAAGAUAUUUCGGUGGCGGUGAUAUUUCAUAUUUCAUAGUUGCCACUGCGCUCUGUCAUUCCAGUAGUCUGUUGUGUAUUGUGAGAAACAACUCUGGGAAAUUAUUGGAUUUACAGCCCUGAAGAAUCCUUCUCUCCCUAUUUUCCCCUUGCAGUAAUAAAUCCCAUUUUGGAGAUCUCGAAGCUUUAUAAAGGGAUAUAGUUUGAAUUCUAUGGAGUGUAAUUUUGUGUAUGAAUUAUAUUUUUAAAACAUUGAAGAGUUUUCAGAAAGAAGGCUAGUAGAGUUGAUUACUGAUACGUUAUGCUAAGCAGUACUUUUUUGGUAAUACAGUAUUUUGUUAGGCGUUUCUGAUAACACUAGAAAGGACAAGUUGUGUCUUGUGAUAAAUUGAUUAAUGUUUACAGCAUGACUGAUAAUUAUAGCUGAAUAGUCCUUAAAUGAUGAACAGGUUAUUUAGUUUUUAAAUGCAGUGUGAAAAGUGUGCUGUGGAAAUUUUAUGGCUAACUAAUUAAGUUUAUGGAGAAAAUACCUUCAGUUGAUCAAGAAUAAUAAAGUGGUAUACAAAGUUAGGAAGAAAGUCAACAUGCUGCAGGAAAUAGAAACAAAUACAAAUGAUAUUUAACAAAGAUAGAAGAGUUUAUAGUUUGUGAACUUUAAGCCAAAUUCAUUUGACAUCAAACACUAUAACAGGCACAGGUUCAACAAAGCUUGUGGGUGUUGACUUCCCCAAAAGUUGUCAGCUGAAGUAAUAUAGCCCGCUUAUGUAAAUACUAUGGUGAUAAGCUGUGUGAACUUAGCCUUUAAAUAGUGUGACCAUAUGAAGAUUUUAAUUACUUUUGUUUGUUGGAAUAAAAUGAGAUUUUUUGGGGACAUUAUAUUAAAGUGCUUAUAGAGAAAGAAGCCUGCAUGUAAUUUUUUACCUUGUGGCAUAAUCAGUAAUUGAUCUGUUACCCAGGCUUCAUAGCUUGUAACCAAAUAUAAAUAAAAGGCGUAAUUUAGGUAUUCUGUAGUUGCUUAGAAUUUUGAGAAUAUAAAUCUCUGUGAAAAAUCAAGGAGUUUCAACAUUUUCAAAAGGGCAUCCACCUCUUCAGGGCUUUAGGUUAGUAUUACUCAAGAUUAUGAACAAAUAGCACUUAGAUUACUUAAAAGAGUUACUACAACCCCAAAGACUUGUGUUCUAAGUAGUAUCUAGGUAAUUCAGAGAGAGACUCAUCCUACCUGAAUAUAAACUGAGAUAAAUCCAGUAAAGAAAGUGUAGUGAAUUGUACGUAAGAGUCUAUCAUUGAUUUCUUUUUGUGGUAAAAAUCUUAUUUUGUGUGAAGAAAUUUCAUGUGACUGUUUUAGCUAUCAAACAGUACUGUCACCUACUCAUGCACAAAACUGCCUCCCAAAGACUUUUCCCAGGUCCCUCGUAUCAAAACAUUAAGAGUAUAAUGGAAGAUAGCACGAUCUUGUCAGAUUGGACAAACAGCAACAAACAAAAAAUGAAGUAUGACUUUUCCUGUGAACUCUACAGAAUGUCUACAUAUUCAACUUUCCCCGCCGGGGUUCCUGUCUCAGAAAGGAGUCUUGCUCGUGCUGGUUUUUAUUAUACUGGUGUGAAUGACAAGGUCAAAUGCUUCUGUUGUGGCCUGAUGCUGGAUAACUGGAAACUAGGAGACAGUCCUAUUGAAAAGCAUAAACAACUAUAUCCUAGCUGUAGCUUUAUUCAGAAUCUGGUUUCAGCUACUCUGGGAUCCACCUCUAAGAAUACUUCUCCAAUGAGAAACAGUUUUGCACAUUCAUUAUCUCCCACCUUGGAACAUAGUAGCUUGUUCAGUGGUUCUUACUCUAGCCUUUCACCAAACCCUCUUAAUUCUAGAGCAGUUGAAGACUUCUCUCCAUCGAGGACUAACCCCUACAGUUAUGCAAUGAGUACUGAAGAAGCCCGAUUUCUUACCUACCAUAUGUGGCCAUUAACUUUUUUGUCACCAUCAGAAUUGGCAAGAGCUGGUUUUUAUUAUAUAGGACCUGGAGAUAGGGUAGCCUGCUUUGCCUGUGGUGGGAAGCUCAGUAACUGGGAACCAAAGGAUGAUGCUAUGUCAGAACACCGGAGGCAUUUUCCCAACUGUCCAUUUUUGGAAAAUUCUCUAGAAACGCUGAGGUUUAGCAUUUCAAAUCUGAGCAUGCAGACACAUGCAGCUCGAAUGAGAACGUUUAUGUACUGGCCAUCCAGUGUUCCAGUUCAGCCUGAGCAGCUUGCAAGUGCUGGUUUUUAUUAUGUGGGUCGCAAUGAUGAUGUCAAAUGCUUUUGUUGUGAUGGCGGCUUGAGGUGUUGGGAAUCUGGAGAUGAUCCAUGGGUAGAACAUGCCAAGUGGUUUCCAAGGUGUGAGUUCUUGAUACGAAUGAAAGGCCAAGAGUUUGUUGAUGAGAUUCAAGGUAGAUAUCCUCAUCUUCUUGAACAGCUGUUGUCAACUUCGGAUACUACUGGAGACGAAAAUGCUGACCCACCAAUUAUUCAUUUUGGACCCGGAGAAAGUUCUUCAGAAGAUGCUGUCAUGAUGAAUACACCUGUGGUUAAAUCUGCCUUGGAAAUGGGCUUUAGUAGAGACCUGGUAAAACAAACAGUUCAAAGUAAAAUCCUGACAACUGGAGAGAACUACAAAACAGUUAAUGAUAUUGUAUCAGCACUUCUUAAUGCUGAAGAUGAAAAAAGAGAAGAGGAAAAGGAAAGACAAGCUGAAGAAAUGGCAUCAGAUGAUUUGUCAUUAAUUCGGAAGAAUAGAAUGGCUCUCUUUCAACAGUUGACGUGUGUGCUUCCUAUUUUGGAUAAUCUUUUAAAGGCCAAUGUAAUUAAUAAACAGGAACAUGAUAUUAUUAAACAAAAAACACAGAUACCUUUACAAGCGAGAGAACUGAUUGAUACCGUUUUGGUUAAAGGAAAUGCUGCAGCCAACAUCUUCAAAAACUGUCUAAAAGAAAUUGACUCUACAUUGUAUAAGAACUUAUUUGUGGAUAAGAAUAUGAAGUAUAUUCCAACAGAAGAUGUUUCAGGUCUGUCACUGGAAGAACAAUUGAGGAGGUUGCAAGAAGAACGAACUUGUAAAGUGUGUAUGGACAAAGAAGUUUCUAUUGUAUUUAUUCCUUGUGGUCAUCUGGUAGUAUGCCAGGAAUGUGCCCCUUCUCUAAGAAAAUGCCCUAUUUGCAGGGGUAUAAUCAAGGGUACUGUUCGUACAUUUCUGUCUUAAAGAAAAAUAGGCUAUAUUUUAACAUGUAUAAAAAAGUCUUUAAAAUAUUGUUGAACACUUGAAGCCAUCUGAAGUAAAAAGGGAAUUAUUAGUUUUUCAAUUAGUGACAUUCAUGUUCUAGUCUGCUUUGGUACUAAUAAUCUUGUUUCUGAAAAGAUGGUAUCAUAUAUUUAAUCUUAAUCUGUUUAUUUACAAGGGAAGAUUUAUGUUUGGUGAACUAUAUUGGUAUGUAUGUGUAGACCUAAGAGGAACUAAGGGAGUAGUGUCACUGCUUGUUAUGUUAUCAUUUCAGGAGUUACUGGAUUUGGUAUUCUUUCAGAAAGCUUUGAAUACUAAAUUACAGUGUAGAUUAAAAGAACUGGAAACCAGAAACUCUGGAGUUCAUCAGAGUUAAUGGUGCCGAAUUGUCUUUGGUGCUUUUCACUUGUGUUUUAAAAUAUCCUUAUUAUUUUCUCUUAUUUCUCCCCCUAGUUUGUGAGAAACAUCUCAAUAAAGUGCUUUAAAAAGA